AGACACUUCCCACUCAUUCAAGUGAACGAACCAUCAACCCACCUAUAAAGGCAACUUCGCUCAGUUGUAUACGAUAAAUAGCCAACGAUAAUUUAGGAAAGAGAGAGAGCCAACUGCAACUACCCUUCCUGCGGAUUCAUUUCAAAGCAUAAAUUUACCUACACACCCACCCACUCACCCGAGCGCACAAUCACUAACAAUCUACUCAGGAAUACUCGAGGAAUGCAUCUUCGUAGCGGAAAGUAGGUUCCCCCCACUCUCCAUCUAUCACCCCCCUUACCCCCCCCCACCCCAAUCCAUGUUCUCAGCCUUAGGCUACAUGGUGGAUAGGAUAGAUGACUAAGGAACCUGACAGGAAAACAAUCUUCACACCAGCUCCACCGCGAAAACGCUCGCCCGGUCGCCGGAAGGAUUCUCCCCGGGCUGGGGAAAUAACGGUAAAUACGGGCAGGGCUACCGCCGCGCUUCGCCCUCCUCCCGAGCUGAUAACUCCACCUUAUACCCCGGUCACUACCACGAGACCAGACCUUGAAACCCGACCCGGCCCGCCCCCGAACGAUUGGAGCGAUUUGGAGGUUGUGUUCGAUCACGGGCCCCAAACGGAUAGUUGGGAUGGCGCUGGGAUGCUAGACAUAGCAUUAGGGCUGGGGCUGUCUGUGUGUGGUGCGGGAAGCGGAGGGAGAAGGAGGAGGGCAGUGUCUUGGAAAUCGAUAUUACUCUUGUGGGGAUCGGCGGUGAUGGUGUUUGGCUUUUUGUAUGUUAGGGAGAGUGGUGGGGUGGGGGAGAGAGUAUGGGGUGGAUAUGAGGGCGCUUAUGAAGGUUUGUAUCUGUGCGAAUGGGGUCUUCUGCUCUUACAACUUUUCCGCAAUCGUGGUGAGAUUUCCAUGGGUGCGUAGAGGUGGUGUUUGGGUGACCAAUUAAUUGGCUUGUCCACUCCGGUUUUG